GCCUGCGCACUGUGUGCGAUCUCGCUCUAGUCGCUGUAGUCGGGGCUCGGGACCGGCUGCCAUCUUAGUGGAGGGACUGAGGAGUCGUCGCCGCCCCGAGUCCCGGUAACAUGCAUUUCACAGUGGCCUUCUGGAAACAACGCCUUAACCCAAAGAAGUGACUCAGCCAGUGAGAACUUCAGGUCUGCUGUCUUAUUGAUGGUAUGUCUGACAGUGGAUCACAGCUUCAUUCAGUGGGUAGCUUGACCAUGAAAUCACAACUUCAGAUCACUGUCAUCUCAGCCAAACUUAAAGAAAAUAAAAAGAAUUGGUUUGGACCAAGUCCUUAUGUAGAAGUCACAGUAGAUGGGCAGUCAAAGAAGACAGAAAAAUGCAACAAUACAAACAGUCCCAAGUGGAAGCAACCCCUUACAGUUAUCGUUACCCCUACGAGUAAAUUACAUUUUCGUGUGUGGAGUCACCAGACCUUGAAAUCUGAUGUUUUGUUGGGAACUGCUGCAUUAGAUAUUUAUGAAACAUUAAAGUCAAACAAUAUGAAACUUGAAGAAGUAGUUAUUACUUUGCAGCUUCUAGGAGACAAAGAGCCAACAGAGACAAUCGGAGACUUGUCAGUUUGUCUUGAUGGGCUGCAAGUAGAAGCUGAAGUGGUUACUAAUGGUGAAACUUCAUGCUCAGAAAGUAUUUCACAGAAUGAUGAUGGCUGCAGACCCAAAGAUGAAACAAGAGUGAGCACGAAUGGAUCAGAUGACCCUGAGGUUGCAGCGUCAGGGGAAAACAAGAGGACAAACGGGAACAAUUCUCCAUCCCUUUCAAAUGGUGGCUUUAAGCCUUCUAGACCUCCGAGACCUUCGAGACCACCUCCACCCACUCCACGAAGACCAGCAUCUGUAAACGGUUCACCAUCCACCAACUCUGAAAGUGAUGGGUCUAGUACAGGCUCUGUGCCACCAACAAAUACAAAUGUAAACACAAACACAAGUACAUCCGAAGGCGCAACAUCUGGGUUAAUAAUUCCUCUUACUAUAUCUGGAGGCUCAGGCCCGAGGCCACUGAAUACUGUAAGUCAAGCUCCCCUCCCACCUGGGUGGGAGCAGAGAGUAGACCAGCAUGGGCGUGUUUACUAUGUAGACCAUGUUGAAAAGCGAACAACAUGGGAUAGACCAGAACCUCUACCUCCUGGUUGGGAACGGCGUGUGGACAAUAUGGGACGUAUUUAUUAUGUUGACCAUUUCACAAGAACAACAACGUGGCAGAGGCCAACAUUGGAGUCUGUCCGGAACUAUGAACAGUGGCAGCUACAACGCAGUCAGCUUCAGGGAGCGAUGCAGCAGUUUAACCAGAGGUUCAUCUAUGGGAACCAAGAUUUGUUUGCUACAUCACAAAAUAAAGAAUUUGAUCCCCUUGGUCCUCUGCCCUCUGGGUGGGAGAAGAGAACUGAUAGCAACGGCAGAGUGUAUUUCGUCAACCACAACACUCGGAUUACGCAGUGGGAAGACCCCAGAAGCCAAGGUCAAUUAAAUGAAAAGCCCUUACCUGAAGGCUGGGAAAUGAGAUUCACAGUGGAUGGAAUCCCAUAUUUUGUGGACCACAAUAAAAGAACAACCACUUACAUAGAUCCACGUACAGGAAAAUCUGCCCUAGACAACGGACCCCAGAUAGCCUAUGUUCGGGACUUCAAGGCAAAGGUUCAGUAUUUCCGGUUCUGGUGUCAGCAACUGGCCAUGCCACAGCAUAUAAAGAUCACAGUGACAAGAAAAACAUUGUUUGAGGAUUCCUUUCAACAGAUAAUGAGCUUCAGCCCGCAAGAUCUGAGAAGACGUUUGUGGGUGAUUUUCCCAGGAGAAGAAGGUUUAGAUUAUGGAGGUGUAGCAAGAGAAUGGUUCUUUCUUUUGUCACAUGAAGUGUUGAACCCAAUGUAUUGCCUGUUUGAAUAUGCAGGGAAAGAUAACUACUGCCUGCAGAUAAACCCCGCUUCUUACAUCAAUCCAGACCACCUGAAAUAUUUUCGCUUUAUUGGAAGAUUUAUUGCCAUGGCUCUAUUCCAUGGGAAAUUCAUAGAUACUGGGUUUUCUUUACCAUUCUAUAAACGUAUCUUGAACAAACCAGUUGGACUUAAGGAUUUAGAAUCUAUUGAUCCAGAAUUUUACAAUUCUCUCAUCUGGGUUAAAGAAAACAAUAUUGAAGAAUGUGGUUUGGAAAUGUACUUCUCUGUUGAUAAAGAAAUUCUAGGUGAAAUUAAGAGUCAUGAUUUGAAACCCAAUGGUGGCAAUAUUCUUGUGACAGAAGAAAAUAAGGAGGAAUACAUCAGGAUGGUAGCUGAGUGGAGAUUAUCUCGAGGUGUUGAAGAACAGACACAAGCUUUCUUUGAGGGCUUUAAUGAAAUUCUUCCCCAGCAAUAUUUACAAUAUUUUGAUGCAAAGGAAUUAGAGGUCCUCUUGUGUGGAAUGCAGGAGAUUGACUUGAAUGACUGGCAGAGGCAUGCCAUCUACCGCCACUACACUAGGACCAGCAAGCAGAUCAUGUGGUUCUGGCAGUUUGUUAAAGAAAUUGAUAACGAGAAGAGGAUGAGACUUCUGCAGUUCGUGACUGGAACCUGCCGAUUGCCAGUAGGAGGAUUUGCCGACCUCAUGGGGAGUAAUGGACCACAGAAGUUCUGCAUCGAGAAAGUUGGGAAAGAAAAUUGGUUACCCAGAAGCCAUACUUGUUUUAACCGCCUGGACCUCCCACCCUACAAGAGCUAUGAGCAACUGAAGGAAAAACUGUUAUUUGCCAUUGAAGAAACAGAAGGAUUUGGACAAGAGUAACUGUUGAGACCUUAGGCCACCAGAGAACAGGGACUCGUCUCCAGUGCCUGCCCCUUCCUUCUCUGCCUGUUGCACAUCUUAUUGUAAACUUGGACUGUGACUAGAGAGUUAUCCGAGUGUAAGUAGCUUAAUGUUACCGUUGAGAUUUAUCUUCCAGUGAUUCUGGAUUUCUACUCAACGUUUCCAGAAAGCCGAUCUACAAAGCAGUAGUCAGAAACUUACUUAACACGAGAUUUAACACAGCGAUGAAAUCUCCAUUGUCUUAUUCCACUAGAUUGUUCCCUUAACAACAGUUUUCUGUGUGUGUCAAAGUCUCACUUGGGAGUAGGUCUCUUGGUGGCUGUUGUCAAGACUCUGCAGACACACUGGGACGACUCCAAAACUGCAAUACACAAGGUCUUCCUGGUAAAGCCUCUAGCUAGGAGGUGCUCGCCAAGAGUGCAAGCCCGGAGGUGGCUGCUGCGGCGGCUGCGGCGGCACUUGGGCAACUGCUGCUUGUGCUCUCCCUCAUUUCCGCCUGGCCUGACUGUUGACUUCUUCCCUGGAGCAGGAACCAGUGCGUCGUUCUGAUGUGACUCCUGGACGUGACGCAGGACUCACAGCUUCUACAAAGUAGUUUUGUCUAUUCGAUUCAGGGAAAACUUGCUCCCCGCCAACCUAUGACUUCAUACCUCUCUUCAUUCAGUUGAUAAUUAUUUUAUUGCCUUGCAAAUACUAAACUUUACAAACAGAAGCAGCACUGUGGUUCCUUCAUGUUUUAGAAGUUAACCCCGAAUCAAAAUUAAAUUGGCUGAAUUCAUCUAUGAUCAUUCUUGAUUUUUAAAUCCUACAUGUAAAUUAAAGCUUUAUGGUUUUAUCAUAAUCCAAAACCCCAGUUACAUUGGAUUAUUGCUAAGGUAUUCAAGUUGCAACCAUUUCUAAUCCAAAUCGAGGUCAUUGGUGCAGUCUUUGAAAUCAGGACAAUAUCAGCAAAAGGACAAUGUCCAGCGGCACAUUUGGGCCGUCGUCUCGUGCCUGGCACACACAGGAGCAGGCGUUUCCAUCUUAUUACAUGGUCCUGAUCUGCAAUAUUUUUCUCACCCCUAAAAAUUUUAGAUUUUCCUUUUUUCUUUUUUCUUCAUGACUCAUUUACUGUAGACUGCUCCUUUAGUAACUGAUGAAUGCACUUUGACUUUCUCUGUAGUUAAUUUACCUUGACUUAGUUAGACUGUCAAGAUGGUUGCCGCCAUAGAUACGACUUUAUGGGCAGAGAAAUGAAGCCUCCGCCAAUUGAGUCCCUAUUAUAGCCAAAUCCCAAAACAGCCUUAUAACUCACAGGGACUUUGUGUCGAUAGCAUAGCAUGAACAUGUAGCAUGAAGCCAAGAAUACACCGAGAGUGACAGCCCUGUUCCACAGGAGAGAAGGUGUUCCUCUGUCCCUCGCUGCAGUUCUUGCUCAUCCGGGAACAACAAGGUUCUGAAUGUGUGCAACUGUACUCUUUACCACUGCCAUGGCCAGCAGAGACACGUGGGACUGAGAACGGGUUCCCUCUCUAGAGACGCUCAGGGAAGGGAAAGCUCAGCUUCUCCCAGCCCUCUUUUUACCCUGGAUACCACAGGAAAUACAUGUCAUCUCUAGAAGCCCUAG